UGCAAGAGAACAAACAUUCGCCAAAAUGAAGCCUGUAGUCUCCGCCCUCAAUGCUUGGUCAUGCAUUGUCGUCUCGAUCUUCGCCAUUGUCAUCCUCUCCAUAAUAGGUUCCAUGUUCAAGUCAGGGAAUCCGGUAAUGAUGGGCCACACAGAAGAUCCGAAGGAUGGUGGCGCCGUCGCAGCUGCAGUAUUUGGUGCCGUGGCAGUUUAUGGCGGUUUUCUGGUCUUCUGCGCAUCUCAAGCAUGGCUACACAUGCGCGAAAGCCGGCGAGGCGCUAUCUCGCUCUCAUAAGACAACAGGCGUGGUGAUAUGGAUAUGUUUAUGGGGCAAAUUACUCGGGGUUGUCAUUCAAGAGGCGUUUUCGAGGAGCACGUGGAGUCAUGCUGUCUGCUCACCAAGGUAGAUAUGAGACAGCAGGGAAAUAUGUGUAUAUAUAGGGAAUCACUUGGGUUUCAACGCGAUCUUACCCACUAUCUUGCUUGUGUGAAUGAUGCAUGGAACUUGAAUGGGAAUCGGUCAUGGUUCGACCGCAUCGUUUUAAGAACUACUCAUGCAAUGAUUCGAUUCCAUUAGUUCAAAAGAAGCCAGGAAAUCCUCAUGAGUAGGAAAGUGAAAGUGUGCGGCCAGUCGAAUAUAGACGGUAGAUUGGAUCUGGUACUUUCGAGGAACUCUUGUCCUGUACGUCAAUUAGUUAUUGCUGCCUACAAAGUGGGCUUUUCCAACACCCGCCCAUCAACAAUCGUGAACAUUGAGAACGAAUAUCAAUCACAAAUUCGAUUAAAAGAAA